UCCCCAACCCAGUGAGGAGGGGAAGUGUGCACGCGGAGACAACAUGGAGCUGAGUGAAGGAAGCAGAUGAGUCGUCGUCGACGUUCUUCCCUUUUUUUAAGUUCGUCGUGUGACAGCGAGUUGGACCCUCGCGGGUUGAGGUUGGCGGGAUGUCAGCGCCGAGGGUUGAUUUUGGGCAAAAGGUGGACGACAACCUGAACCGGUCGCUAGCAAUUCACAGGGCACACAGAGACAGACAGCCGUUCAAACCAACCUUCACAUCUUAACUGAGCGAGAACUGAACCCACGCUGCCUGCACCAAACUCAGGCAACCCACAUGCAGUAAGGAUAUUUAGCACACGCGUCUUCUUCCAACUUCCAUACAUUUUCAAAACCUUUUUGAUGUCAACAUGGAUUGUGGAGAGAACAUCCCGGCUCAAGAUGAACACCUCAAAUCAGACCGCUUGAAUCUCAGCGGACUGUACCACGUGGGUCGGACCUUGGGAAGGGGCCACUAUGCAGUGGUCAAACUGGCUCGCCAUGUCAACACUGGGCAGCUGGUUGCUAUCAAGAUGAUUGACAAGACCAAACUUGAUGUCAUGGCAACAAGCCACCUCUUACAGGAAGUCAGAUGUAUGAGGCGGGUGCAACAUCCCAACGUGGUCUGUCUUUAUGAGGUCAUUGACACACCCACCACCCUUUACCUGGUCAUGGAGCUGGCAGAAGGGGGUGACCUGUACGACUACAUCCUUCGCCAUGAGACUGGCGUUGCUGAGGGCACUGCCAAACGCCAUUUUGCCCAGAUUGUGCGAGCCGUGGCAUACUGCCACGAGCUUCACGUGGUGCACCGAGACCUGAAGCCAGAGAAUGUGGUGUUCUUUCCACAGCAGGGGGCAGUGAAACUGACAGACUUUGGGUUCAGUAACUUAUUCAAACCUGGGACAAUGUUGGCCACCAGCUGUGGAUCCCUGGCAUAUUCCGCACCUGAAAUUCUGCUGGGAGAAGAGUAUGAUGCUCCAGCUGUGGAUAUCUGGUCUCUGGGGGUGAUCUUGUAUAUGUUGGUGUGUGGGGUUCCUCCCUUCCAAGAGGCCAACGACAGUGAGACUCUGGUAAUGAUUCUGGAUUGUCGUUACUCCAUCCCUGACCACGUCUCAAGUGACUGCAGAGAUUUGAUCUCCAGGAUGCUCCAGAGAGAUCCAUCACUCCGAGCAUCGCUGCAGGAGAUUGAAGCUCACCACUGGUUGCAUGGGUUGGACAAUGUACUGCUCAGCCCAGAAGCCCCUCCCCAUUGGCUCUCAGGGGCUCUCUCGUCCACUUCGCCACUCUCGCGAAUGGUCGAGUGCGGCGACCUGCUGGCCGCCAAGCCGCAGUCCUUGCCUGCUCCACGGCAGGUCAACCUCGGCUACUCGCUUCACCCAGCACCAGCCGAUGAGCCUCGUGUAACAAAGAACCUCCCGGCUCUCCUGCAGAUUUGUGAGGAGGAGGAGGAGGAAGAAGAGGAGGAGAGCAACCUGGCCACAGAGUGUGAAGGUUUGUUGUCGUUGAAUGGAACUGAGCCACAGAAGGAAACCGAGGUCGCGCUUGAAGGAGCAGAUGACCAAGAGGAAAGAAAGGAAGAGCAAAGAAGCCCGGAGGAGAUGAUGGAAGGAGCAGAGAUGGAGAUUGACCACAUACACACCUCGUCUGUGAUUUCAUACCAACCAAUGGGUCACAUAGGCAAUCUGGUCAGUCGUGCUCCCGAGCCCCCCGCUUCGUGCGAGCCAGAGACUGCUUUGAGGGUGCCAUGCUGCCAGGGCUGGAUGGAGCCCACAAGCCCGGAGACUGAACCAAACAACAACUUCAACAAACCUGCCGCCUGCGCAACACCCAAGAAACAAAAGACAUCUCGCACGGGAAAGAAGGACCAGAGGACAGACACGGGCACGAGGGAUGACUUUGUGACUGACAGAUCCCAAUCCCACAAUGCAACGGUGUCUUGGGACGAAGCCGCCGCUAGGACGGAGCCAGCAGGGAAACGUCACAGCCUCAAACUGCGUGAGCGCCUUUUCCAGCUGCCUCUGUGUGAGAAAGCGUUGGCCUUCAACAUCCCGACAAACAAUAAAGCCAAGAUCCUCCCGCUGGCCCAGUACAACUGUUGCCAUGUGCUCUAAAUGACACACAACACGCACUCCCAGCUGUGUGAACGUGGCUACGGGACACUUUGGAGUGCAACAGAGAUCACAAUUUGAAGCUCCACUUUGUCUUAUAGCACAGUGGCUUCACUGUAGUUCGUUAUCGCCCACUUUGCUGUUCGACUUCCCAAUCAAACAAUGACUGUAGCAAGCACACUGUCGAUGGAAGAAGGCUGUCUUGACGAAGGCUUCACAGAAAAAAAGCACUUGUUUCUUCUUCUUCCAUUUCCACAACCUGCUUCUUUGGUUACAAACUUCUUAAUAUAAGCUCAGAGACUGUUACAAUAUGUUAUGAUAUAUAUAUAUAUAUAUAUA